CCGUUCUGAUAAAAGGGCGCGCUGUAGUUUGAAUUCUCUGCGAAACCCAUGGCUGGAGAAGGAAGAUACAGUUUGAGAAACACAACGUACACUUCGGAAAGCAUGACAGACGAAGAGCCGACCAUGACAGAGUUUGAGCCGGGCAAUAAAGGAACGAAAGAUGAUGGCAGCGACCCUCCCGUGGUGUUUCAAUGUGCUCGUUGUAGACUCCCUAUAGGUGACUCGUUGGCUUGGGCCGGAAGUGAAGAUGAGCAAAACCAAAUACUGCUAAAACGUACAACAGACAACGUUGUCAUCAGCAGUGAGCCGUACGUCUCUCGAACACAGGUGGAAUCAGGCUGUCUCGUGGUAAACAUUUCGUGCCGCGGUUGCUCUGCUGGGCUUGGCAGAGUUUACACGUCUACUCCCAAGAGCCUUGACUACAAGAGAUCUCUGUUCUGCCUUGAUGUGGGGACUGUCGAUUGCUACAUUCUCGGAUCCGCCAACCAGACAAUGCUUUUGGACCCGGAGGAAUGCCCUGUAACUCUGGAGUAUAGAGAGGCUGUGGACUUUCAGAUUACUCAGGUCAUGACGCCCAUUAUGUAUUAUUGGCUACAGCGAAUACAUUUGGAUUUAUGAUGCAGCACUCUUUCCAUUUAAAAGCACAAACCUGACGUGCAAAAUUCAAAGACCAAAAGAGGACACGCUGAAAAAAUUGAUCAGGACUCAUUCACUCUUUUAUUUCACAAGCUAUUGCUUUAACGACCGGCAGAUGGCGCCAGUGUGAAGGCAGUGUCCGCCUUUUUCCCCACGGACCGUUAUCGAACGGAAUUCGUAGAACAAUAGGAUGGGAAUGUUGAGGAAUUUAUUAUGGGUCUCGUCAGUCUUUUGUAAAAAUAAAUGAGCCUUUGUGUGUAAAAAUGAAAAGUGUAUUUAGACUUUGUCUUUUUAAAUUCAUACUAUAAUUCUUUGGAGUUCUACAACACUGUACUUAUGACAGUUGACAAAUGUAAAUCAGCUAUGCACAGCAAAAUAAUACAAAAUACUAUAAUACAACAGUUAAAAAAAUAAUUCCAUAAAAGGCACAUGAUUGUUAUUUUUUAUAAGAGCCUGUCUUUGUUAUUAAGGGCAAGUACACAGACUGUGAUCACAUAUGUGAUUUCAGCUUCUUUUCCUGUCCUCUUGGCAUGUGUUGUGACUCUUUGAGGCAGAAUCAGAAAGCACAACGUUAAUUUUUAAUACCAACUGGCUUUCUCUUCCUUGUGGUAUUUUCCAUAUUCAGUUAGCAACAGGGUACGUAA